CACAUUCACUACACCCAAAACUUUCUCACGAACCUUCAAUUUUCUCGCUCUUUCUCGCCUUUUCUAGUCGGUUUCUAUACAGAAUCUUACAUAAACAAAACAACGAUCUUACUUUGAUCGAUCCAUUCGCUCUGCGCGCGGCAAUUAUACCGCAAUUGGCCUUCAGUUCUUUACAUGAAUAUGAAGAGAAAGUGAGCUGAAUCUCGAGCGAUAUGGAGAUGAAAGACGGUCCAGUGGAGAACGGCAUAUGCUCGUCGGAGUCUAUUCAUGGAGGCACCGAUGUUUGGAGCAGUAAAGAAUCUGCUACUGCUUCAGCGGAUCAUCUUGUUGUCAUGGUUCAUGGAAUCCUCGGAAGUGUCACGGAUUGGAGGUUUGCUGCUGAGCAGUUUGUUAGAAUACUUCCUGAUAAAGUAAUUGUUCAUCGUAGUGAGCGAAAUGCUUCUAUGCUGACUCUAGAUGGGGUGGAUGUUAUGGGUGAGCGGUUGGCAGAGGAGGUCAUUGAAGUGAUUAAGCAGAAGCCAGAAGUACGUAAGAUAUCUUUUGUUUCACAUUCUGUGGGAGGACUAGUAGCAAGGUAUGCUAUUGGAAGACUUUAUAGACCUCCUAGAAGAGAAAAUGAAGAUGAUCCAUCAGCUAAUACCUGUGAGGAGAAUUCAAGGGGUACAAUAUAUGGAUUGGAGGCUAUGAACUUUAUUACUGUUGCUACACCUCAUCUUGGCUCAAGGGGUAAUAAGCAGGUACCAUUUCUUUUUGGUGUUCCUGUCUUUGAGAAAGCUGCAACUUCUGUUAUUCAUUUGAUAUUCAGAAGAACAGGCCGUCAUCUUUUUCUUACUGAUGACGAUGAAGGCAAUCCUCCAUUGCUUAGACGUAUGAUAGAAGAUUGUGGUGAACUUCAUUUCAUGUCUGCAUUAUGUACAUUCACGCGACGUGUGAUAUAUUCCAAUGUUGGAUAUGAUCAUAUUGUGGGAUGGAGAACAUCAUCUAUUAGGCGUAAUAGUGAACUGCCAAAGUGGGAGGAUAUGGUUAACGAGAAAUAUCCACAUAUUGUAUUUGAAGAACACUGCAAGGCUUGUGAUGCUGAACAGUGUGAGCCCAGUUCAAUGGAAGAUGAUGGCCUUGACAAGCUAGAAGAGGAAUUGUUGAUGGGCCUAUCUCGUGUUUCAUGGGAAAAAGUAGAUGUUAGCUUCCAUGCCUGCAGACAGAGGUUUGCAGCUCAUAGUGUCAUUCAGGUAAAAGAUUAUGUCGCUCAUCGGGAAGGUGCAGAUGUCAUACAGCAUAUGAUCGAUCAUUUUCUUACCUAGAAGGCUGCCAACUGCCUGAAAUAUCACACCAAAAUGGAGACUCAGGUGCGUUACAGUGACUCUGGGAUGAAAACCCAUUUUCUGACCAUAGAGUUGUAUUAGCAGCUCCUUUUGUUGUACCUUGAAGGCAAUCGACACUCUCACUGGUAACCAAUUCUACAGAAGAAUUGUGAUUAACCAAGCAAUUAAAAGAAAAUUUUAUUCGUUCAUUAUUGGUUCUAAUGUAUUUGAAGAACACUCCAUUUAUCAAUAAAUGCAAACAAUUAAUCUCA